AGGGCAUGAGUCUGGCCCGCCGCCCGCCCUGCAAGCUUCCCCGGCCCGGGCCGCGGCUCCCAGCAGGCGCCGGGCGAAGGAGCUGCUAGAACAAUGCUGAGGCUGGCGAGGUGAGGAGCUGCGCUCUGCCUCCGACAGGAAGCCCCGAAGGAGUGUCUGGAACAGGUGACCGGAGGAGCCGGAAACUGAGGCCACCUGGGCAUCCCUCCCCUCGCCUUGGCCAGGCCCUGUGCCCAAGAAAAGGAGGGGAAACCAUGGCGACCAAUUUCAACGACAUUGUCAAGCAAGGCUACGUGAAGAUGAAGAGCAGGAAGCUCGGGAUCUACCGCAGGUGCUGGCUGGUGUUCCGGAAAUCCUCCAGCAAGGGGCCCCAGCGGCUGGAGAAGUAUCCGGAUGAGAAGUCAGUGUGCCUCCGAGGCUGUCCCAAGGUGACCGAGAUCAGUAAUGUCAAAUGUGUCACACGGCUCCCCAAGGAGACCAAGAGACAGGCGGUGGCCAUCAUAUUCACUGAUGACUCAGCCCGUACCUUCACUUGCGACUCAGAGCUGGAGGCGGAGGAGUGGUACAAGACACUGUCUGUGGAAUGUCUGGGGUCGCGGCUCAACGACAUCAGUCUGGGAGAGCCGGACCUCCUAGCCCCAGGGGUGCAGUGUGAACAGACAGAUCGCUUUAAUGUCUUCCUGUUGCCCUGCCCCAACCUGGACGUGUAUGGUGAGUGCAAGCUGCAGAUCACCCACGAGAACAUCUACCUCUGGGACAUACACAACCCCCGCGUGAAGCUCGUCUCGUGGCCCCUCUGCUCACUGCGCCGCUAUGGCCGGGAUGCCACACGCUUUACCUUCGAGGCUGGCCGGAUGUGUGACGCUGGGGAAGGGCUCUACACCUUCCAGACGCAGGAAGGGGAACAGAUCUACCAGCGGGUCCACAGUGCCACCCUGGCCAUCGCCGAGCAGCAUAAGCGGGUCCUGCUGGAAAUGGAGAAGAAUGUGAGGCUGCUGAACAAGGGCACAGAACAUUACUCCUACCCCUGCACGCCCACUACCAUGCUGCCCCGCAGUGCCUAUUGGCACCACAUCACAGGCUCCCAGAACAUUGCCGAGGCCUCCAGCUAUGCCGGUGAGUCCCUGCAGUGUCCCACAGCCACCUGCCACAAGGCUCUGUGGAAGACAAGGCCUUCUGGGCAGAGAUCUCUCGACCUGGACCGGAGUCCUGAGCCUGCCUCUGUGUCCACAGGUGAGGGGUAUGGGGCACCUCAGGCCAGCUCAGAAACGGACCUCCUCAACAGAUUCAUCCUACUAAAGCCAAAGCCCAGCCAGGGGGACAGCAGUGAGGCCAAGACCCCAGCCCAGUGACAGAAGGGCUGGUGUGCACUGAUGACUACUGGGCUGCCCACUGUAGGGCUGACUGCAACAUACUGUGGACAGCCUCAAGGGGCUAUUGGCUAAGAGCCUGGAGAAAAGGAGCAAGCUGUCCCUUCCUUGCCCCCAAGGGUGAGGCUGGACCAGGGCAAAGGGCUGGCCAUACCACCUGAGCAUGUGUGAGGGGCUGGCGCUGACAUGGGACUAUAUAUUGUUAAUGGUUUUAAUAUAUAUGGCUUAUGACAUAUCCUAUAUUAAUGAGACUCCCCAUCCUUCCCUGCCAUCACGUACACAUUUUUUAAAUUCCAUGACCAGGCCAGUCAAGGCUGGUUCUGAAUGUCCUCCGUGGUACAGCCCUCCUGCUGCCAGGACUCUCUUGAGCUGCCGGGACCAGAGGGAGACAGUCGAACUCAA